AUCAAUGGCUCCCUCUCCAACUGAUGAUUCGCUUCCUUCAACAAUUGAUGAGGCCUUCACUGAAAAUAAUCUCCAGCCGUUUUUUGUUCUUCAAAAAGGUUCGUCGAGGAAAUCGGAUAGAAAAUCAUCAGGAACAGGAAGAACAAAAAGGAGGAUUGAUUUGUCUCCAGCAUCACCCAAGGAUUCCUCCAGUCUUGAAGACGAAAAGGAAAACGAAAACAUGAACUUGAGAAUGGAAGCCUUUGAAUUUGUUUGGUCAAAAAUUGAAUCAACUAUUAAAGAUGUUUUGAGAGAUAUUAAUACUAAUGUGUUUAACGAAAUACAAACUUGGGUGCAUCAAUCUUUCAACACAAUAAGAUCACUUGGGACUCCCGAUUUCCCUGAAGCUACUCAAUCAUUUCCUGUUAUAACUGAUGCUAAUUCUAAAAGGCUAUUUACCGGGCUUGUUCUCACUAAGAAUAUGGAGUUUGUUGAUGAUUUACUGACAUUUGAAGAGCUUGGAAAACACUUGAAAUAUCAAGGAUGCCAUGUUGCUAACCUUUCCUCACUUGACUUUACUGCCAAAAAUGGAGUUGGUGGUUGCCUAAGAAGUUUAUUAAGACAGUUUUUAAAGUCUACUUUGGAUCCAGCUGACAUAUCAAUCUUAGCAUCAUGGUAUAGAGAAGAAAACUACAAUAAUCCAGUGGUUGUGAUUAUUGAUGACAUUGAGCGUUGCUGUGGGUCUGUCCUAUCUGAUUUCAUCCUUAUGUUAAGUGAAUGGGCUAUCAAGAUACCCGUUAUUCUAAUAAUGGGUGUUGCAACAACUCUUGAUGCCCCAAGAAAUAUGCUUCCUUCAAAUGCUUUACGGUGCUUGUGUCCCUUUGAGUUCACCUUGGGAACCCCAGCUGAGAGAAUGGAUGCAAUUGUUGAGGCUGUUCUUGUGAAGCCUUGUUCUGGGUUCAAUAUUGGCCACAAGGUAGCAGUUUUUAUGAGAAAUUACUUUCUAAGCCAGGAUGGAACUCUAACAUCUUUUAUUAGAGCUUUAAAGAUAGCAUGUACUCAACAUUUCUACAUGGAGCCCCUGAGUGCCAUUUUGCACGAUUUUGUUCUUGAAGAAGAUAACUCGGUGUUAGAAAUUGGGCAGUAUGGAUUAUCAUCAGAAGUAAUGUGGAGGCAUGUUUUUGACCUCCCAUCAUGUCAGAGGGUGAGAGUGAACAAACAGACCAGUGCAAGCUUGGCCAAUGCUUUUUCCGAAUUGAAGAGAUUACAAAAUCAGUGGAGAGCUGUGGUUUUGUGCCUGUAUGUAACUGGAAAGGGUGAAAAAGUCAGACUGCUGGAUUUAUUCUGCGAGACAAUUGAUCCUAUUUCACAGAACCAAAGAGAAUCUGAUACUUACAUGAAAUUUGAGAAAGAUCCUGUUAUAACUCCUAGUCGAAUUAAGGGAGGUGUUCUCUGGGAGGCAGUUCGUUUGGUGAGGGAUCUUUCCACCUCACAACUUGGUGAAUUGCUAAAGAUAUGGGACAACCUAACUGUUGACGUUGUUGAGAUAAAUGACAAGGUGAAGGAGUUAUUGUCUUUACUAAAAGUAGACGAUGGAAAGAGCUCAAAGAAAGAUUUGACUGUAACACCCAAGAGACAUGCAUCUCGAAUCCAAUUGAAUAUUGUGAAGGACUCGGAAUCAUUAAUUGAUAAAGCUGCUAAACUGAUAGAGUGUAUGGUUAGGGAUUAUAUGUGUCCGAUUGAGUGCAUACCUUUUCAUGAAAUUUUCUGUUUUAAAGAUGUUGACAAGCUUCGACUGGCUCUAAUCGGGGACCCUAGAAGAAGGAUUCAAGUUGAUCUUCUUGAAUUCCAGAAACUCCUCUGCUGCAGUUGCUGUACUCAAGGCAGCAGUGGCCUAUUACCAUCGAUGCAUGAUACGUCCAUUAUGUAUAAACUUGCUCAAGAGCAUGGCGAUCUUAUUAAUCUCCACGACUGGUACCAAUCAUUCAAAUCAAUAGUUGUCUGCCCAAGUAACAGUAAAAAGAAAUCAAGGCAAUCCCCAUUACCAAAGAAAAGAAAAGGCACAAAAGAAUCAGAAAACCAGAGUGAAGCUUCCAUACAAGCACGGUUUUGCAGGGCUGUAACAGAGCUCCAAAUAACAGGGCUUCUUCGAAUGCCCAGUAAAAGACGACCUGAUUUUGCUCAAAGGGUGGCCUUUGGCCUCUAACACAUUCCUACAUGUAGAGAGUUUAGGUAAGUU